AUGUCAAGCUCAGCGCCAGCCCCAUCACACUACCUCGCCAUUGACACAAAUGUCCUCAUCUCUCGUCUCUCGCUCGUCCGCGAGCUUCAUCAGUUGCUCCUCCGGACGGACGCGUGGCUGCUCAUCCCUACAACUGUUGUCAAGGAACUCGACGGGCUCAAGUCGUCCAUCAAGCCGCUGGACUCCCUCACAGACAUGACCGUAGGCGACGCCGCGCGCUCUGCUACAACAUGGCUCCUCGAGCGUGCACGAGGGAACAGAAUCGGAGUCACUUCCCGUGUACGCCUUGAGCGAUGGAGCGAGAACGCCGUCACCCGACCGGGCGGCAACAGUGCCGACGACAGUAUCCUCGCGUGUUGCCUCCAUUUCCAUCAAGAGGCGCCGGUCAGCCUCUGGACUGAUGAUCGCAAUCUCGCACUUUUGAGCGAGUCCAAUGGUGUACCCACAGUUGUGGGAAAAGUGGGACUCGGCGUGCUCAAGAGAGCGCUCGAGCUGGAGGUGGACGAUGGGGAGGACGCCAUGGAAAUCGACGCCAUGAUUGUGGACGAGGAUGAGCGGGAUGUCCCCCUCCUCUGGCAUGCACGGUCUGAGACGCGCAACCACAUGUCGGGUACGCGAUCUGCGCCUCCAGAAACGCAGCCAGUACUGCCCAUUCCAACCAGCCCUUCGGCCAUGGUCAUCGACCUGCCCUCGCCUGCUGUACCGACCUCGCCACUGCCAACUGGAUCUGGAUCGCUGGUGCCCACCAGUGUCACUAAUGGACUCCGGAUGGGGUUCGCUGCCGGCUCGCUCGCCGAGGCCAUCGCCAACAUCGAUCCCAACCUCCUUCCGCCGCGGAUGCGACGUCGACACAGCUCCUUCUCCGCACCCGACUCGACCCCCAACGGCAACGGUAACGGCCACCCGACCUCGAACUCGAUCCCUCCCUUCCGCCACCGACAACAACCACCCGCCCUUUCCCCGACACCUCUCGCCCCCAUCUCCCGACCGCUCCCCGACACCGUCGCGGCCCAGCUCGUCUCCGCCAUCGGCCCCGUCCUCCUCGCCCUCGCCGCUCACGGUGCACGCCCGCCAGCCGUUUCCGCCGACCCGGUUAUUGCCAUCGCCACCCUCGCCGAUCAACUGGACGACAUUGACCGGUGUAUCCCGACCCAACCCUUCCCGUCCGAUGUGGGCGUGCCUCCGACCCAAGAGGCCCAGCUGCGCGACAUGCGCCGCACGUUGGCCAUGUGUAUGGCAGCUGCGCGGACGGUGAAGGAGUUUCUGGUGCCCGGGUCAGGAAAGGGCCGGACACCAAGGAGUGGCGAGGCGGCCGACGCUCUCAUGGUGCUUGCCACGCAGCUGAGGAAGCUGCGCGUGGCUAUCAAUGAGGCCAACUGGCGGGCACUGGCCGACGCCGUGCGACAACUGUAG